GUGGAUUUUCUGUUCCGCUAGUUCCGCUGCCGGGGGGGUUUGCCCGUGGACGCUAUGUGUUCGUCGCUGAACUCUAAUCGCGCGUAGGAUGCACCGACUAGCUGAUGCGUGAAAGGUGUAGAAAGUCGUCCCUGGACGAACGCUGUCUCCUCAUUUCCUCAACUUUCGCGCGCUAGGCUUUACACCGCGAAAAAAAAAACUCCGGCCGGCAUCUAUCAUCGUAGGUUACGCUUCGUCGUCUUCGGAAGAAGAUAUGCGGCGCCUCGUAGUAGCAUCCCUGUUUCUCCCCGUCUUCGUUCUGCUCCGUUUGUGCGAUCCCGCACUUGGUCUCGGCGAAGUCAUCUACGCGAUCAACGCCGGCGGCGAGGAACAUGUGGACGUCCACGGCAUCCGCUACAAGCGCGACCCGCUCUUCGGAAAAGUUGGCACUGCCUCCGAUUACGGCAAGCUUCUAGUCAUCGGCAGGGCUCCCAGGCAGGACCACAUCCUGUACCAGACUGAGCGUUAUCACACGGCCACUUUCGGCUAUGACAUCCCCGUCAACAAGGACGGCGACUACGUCCUCGUGCUGAAGUUCUGCGAAGUGUACUUCGAUUCGCCGGGCCGAAAGGUCUUUGACGUAGUCUUAAAUGGCCAGCACACAGUGGUUGCCGACUUGGACAUCCAUGCCAGGGUAGGGCGAGGAGUCGCUCAUGACGAGUAUAUUGCCUUCAGCAUCAAAGGCAACAAGCUGCGAAUCAACGAUGAAGAGUCCACUCACGAUGGAAAGAUCAAGGUCGAAUUUAUCAAGGGCUACCGGGAUAACCCGAAAAUCAACGCCAUUUACGUGAUGAGGGGGACGCUUGACGACGUGCCCGAGCUUCCCCCAUUGGAAGAGCUUGAAGAAGAAGAGGAGGAAGAGGAGGAGGAAAUUCCCACAAGGCACGCUUCUGGCGACUCCUCUCCCGGAUCCCAGCACCAGCCGCGCAGGCCCUCGGGGCCUCGUAGUCCAAACCCGUACACGGGAGACGACAGCAGCGCCCUCCUGCCCAUCUUUGUGGCCAUCGGAGCCUUCAUCCCGCUGCUGUUCUGCCUCUGCAAACUUUGAGCGUGUCCCCCGUGUUUUGUGGGGGCCACGGUGUCCCACUGUCUUCGAGAGGUGAUGGGGAAAAGGGAGAUGUCAGGUGGGGGCUUGUGAUUGGGGGGCAGGGACUCAUUUUUGUGUAUUCUUGAACUGCAGUUGAAGCUUUUGCCUUCACAUUAGGAGCUGCUCAAGGAAUGGGCCGUUGGAAGGAAGCACCAUGGCAACAGCUUCCGCUGCAGUUUGAGGCUUGGAGGGAUCCUCCACGGUCUCAUUGUGUGACUGUGUGUGGUGGUAGUUGCGCGGUUGCAAAGCAACAAUGUUGCAGCUUUUCAUUUCGAGGUCCCGGAACAACAAAGUUGGCGGGAUGUCUUAGUGCACCGUUGCUGUCUCGCCUGUUUGGCCUCCGCAUCUGUCGACCCAUGCGCGGACUGCACCAAAAGGCACCAAUGAGGAUAGCGGUGAGGCGGCAACAAUGUGUCGAAGCAUUCUAGUCUAAAGGUCCGGUGUUGACUGAGGCCUGGCCCUCUUGGCCUGUAAUUGUGUCAUCAAUCUUCAUUUCUCUACACGUAGCAUGGAACAGUACUUUGGCACAUUGUGUUUCAUUCCUUUCAUCAUUCGACGUACAGUCAGUCUUUGCUGGGAACUGGGCGAGCCACGUUUGCAAGCCAACUUAGUGUGCAUCGAUUGCAUGGGUUUUCGGGUUGUGAUUUCGGCCUGGCAUGAGAAUUGUGAGUGUGAUUGAAAUCAUUUUUCUUCUGCACCCCUUUAGAUGUGGUUGUGCAAUUGCUCGUGGUGAAGUUAAAUAUUAGAAAAGCUGAUUUAUUCACAAAGAGUAGUUGUGCAUUUGGCGUGGUUAGUCCACAUGGGAAAAAAAUGGAAAUUUCUGUUUUUCUUAUGCUGACACAUGAACAGUGGCUUAAGUACAGGCCUAGAGGCUGAUUGUGCUGUACAAGAUGCAUUAUCUUUCCAGGCAUCUUUCAUUCAUUCGACGUUUAUACAUCGACAGUCGCACUGUACAGGUCCAUUUCCCAAAGGGGCACACCCUUGCCAUCGUUUCCUUUCUUCCUCGCAAAACGACAGGCGCAUGACUUUGCCUCGGAAGAACGGCCCUAGUAGCAGUUUGCAUGUUGUACCGAAUGUCUUCGGUGGAGGGUGAUCACGAUAAGAUGGCAAUGAGCAAUGGCAUUUAGUGGGCACACGUGUCCUUUUUGAUAGCAUGUUUUUUUUACCCUAGACACCAUUACAUUGUGCAACUUUAGAAGAGCAAAAGGGAAGAGGUGCACUUGGUAGGGAGAUGAUGAAUUGAAGCAUCUUAGCACACAUUGGUAACAGGCCAACCAUUCGAAGCAGCCUUUGGAAUGCAGAGAAUUUCAAAUCUUCUCACUCAGGUAAAAAGGGCAUUGACAAACUCUUGCCCUGAGCCAAAGGGCAGAACACACGAGGGACUAGGCAUUUUUUACUCAGCCAAGGGCUUUUAUGCUCCACUUUAUAAGAAAUUGCUUGUUCCAGUGAAAUUUCUUCACAGUUUGGUCAAACAACAUGCGAUACAUAAAAUGCAAUGCACUUUUACCUUUCAAGCAGGCCAGCAGAUCUCUUCACAAUGCAAUCUGACAUGCAGGCUUUUUGCCCAGUAUUGAAAAAAAAAAAAAAGUAUUGCUUCGUGCUUGUGUGUGUUCUGCUUCAUUGUUUUCUUGGUUGAUUGGCAAGAGAGGGUGGGGGUUUUUUGUUGUUGUUGUUAUUGUAAGAUGAGUGCAAGGGAUUUAUUUUUGUGAUUGCUCAUUUUGAUUCCGCUUUUUCAUUGUUGCUUGUUUGAGGACGAUGCACUUGUUAUUCAUUUUCUCUGUCUUCUAUCUUUUGAUUUUUUUUUUUCAUUCAGGACUUUUCCUUUUGUUAAUUGGUUGCCUAGCUUGUUUGCUUUGCUGCUGAGUUGUGUACACUUGCAUGUUGCUGCUUCGAAAAACUGACGGUGUUUUUGCCGCUGCGUUUGCCGAAGUGUGCGUGACUCGUGUUUUGCGUUGGAGGAACUCUGAAAUGCGCUUGUUUUUACCUUCUCUGUUGUUUCAUUGGCAUGACUUUUUUGACUGUGAAUGAUAUACAUUGUAUAAUUGAGAUGGUUCAAGGGAGAGGGGCACAAAUAAAUUUAUAUUAUAUGUACAUGUCACAUACAAAUGUGUGUUCUACAUUAAAAGAUUUUGCAUCCUAA